UUUAAACAGACAGUGUUUAUCAUUAUUCUGCUGUAAUAUUUAGUGAAGUCUGUCUGACUCUGAUAUGGCUGUUCUUAUACGUCACUAAUAAGUUUAAGCAUGAGUGAUCGAGCGUUUGGCCUGACAGUAAAUGAUCUUUGACUGAAGUCUGAUGGAGAGCGAGUUAAUUAGUCAGAGAAGGUCAUUAUUGACACGCUUUUCCCAUAUAAACCUGCUUUACGAUGGGGAUUGUGGAUGUCAGAGCCUUCCCAGCCGCUGAGGAGUCAAACCAGAGCCUAAAUAAAUGUAAGAAACAUCAUGUGCUCACGACCAAUCAGAAUCACCACUGCAGAGCAAACCAUCAGCAUCGCUGUGGGAUGCCAUGAUGCCGGAAAAUGCAGCUCGUCUCUGGAUCUGGUGAGCAACUGUGGAGACGCUGAUGCCGACGCUUCAUCCAUACACUGGGAAACUGGAAAGCAUCCCUGCACGACUACCAUGUCUUCAGACUCCAGCGAGAGCCGAAGCGCAGGCAUGUUCAGCAGUGUUCUCAGGAUUCCUCUGCUUCUGCUGCUGCUCUAUGGGUUUGUCUGUUCACUGGACGUCCUAAGCUCCGCGUUUCAACUCGCUGGAGGGAAAGUGGCCGGUGAUAUCUUCCAGGACAGUGUGAUCCUGUCCAACCCGGUGGCGGGGCUGAUGGUGGGCAUUCUGGUCACGGUUCUGGUCCAGAGCUCCAGCACCUCUACAUCCAUCAUAGUCAGCUUAGUGUCGUCUGGAUUGCUGGAAGUGAAAUCUGCCGUCCCCAUCAUCAUGGGCUCCAACAUUGGCACGUCGGUCACCAACACCAUCGUGGCUCUGAUGCAGGCGGGGGAGAGGAACGAGUUCAAGCGGGCAUUUGCGGGAGCAACGAUCCACGACUGUUUUAACUGGCUGUCUGUGCUGGUUCUGCUGCCGCUGGAGGUGUUUUCGGGUCUGCUCAGUUUUCUGGCCAGAGUGACGGUCAGCAGCUUUCAGAUGCACAGCGGAGAGGAAGCUCCAGAGCUGCUCAAGACCCUCACUGAGCCCUUCACCACACUCAUCAUACAGCUGGAUAAAUCCGUCAUCACAGGCAUUGCUCUGGGCGACGAGUCCAUGCGGAAUCACAGCCUCAUCAAAGUCUGGUGCAAGUCCUCCGUCUUGGUGUCCUCGGUGAAUGUGACGCAUGCGGCCGUACGAAACUGCACUGGACUGCACUGUGGGAGGGAUGGAGACCUGACCUGGAUCACUCAGAAUAUCACCACACACAUCAACACGGAGAAAUGUCGUCAUGUGUUCGUGGAUACAGGGCUGUCAGAUCUGGCUGUGGGACUCAUUCUGCUGGCCGGAUCUCUGAUGCUGCUGUGCUCCUGCCUGCUGUUCAUCGUUAAAGUGCUCAACUCACUUCUCAAAGGUCAAGUGGCCAAGGUCAUCGAAGGGGUCAUCAACACAGAUUUCCCGUAUCCUCUAGGAUGGCUGUCUGGAUAUCUGGCGAUGCUGAUGGGAGCAGGAAUGACCUUCAUCAUCCAGAGCAGCUCCGUCUUCACCUCCGCCCUCACUCCACUCAUCGGCAUCGGUGUGAUCAGUCUGAACCGAGCGUAUCCUCUAACUCUGGGCUCCAACAUCGGCACCACGACCACCGCCAUCCUCGCUGCCCUCGCCAGCCCCAAAGAGAAGCUGCCCGCCGCCUGCCAGAUCGCGCUGUGUCAUUUCUACUUCAACAUCUUUGGCAUUCUGCUGUGGUACCCGUUCCCGCUGACCCGUCUGCCCAUCCGCAUGGCCUCAGCUCUGGGCGAGCGCACCGCUAAGUACCGCUGGUUUGCAGUGCUGUACCUGCUGCUGUGUUUUCUGCUGCUGCCGUGUCUGGUGUUCGGCCUCUCUCUGGCCGGUUGGCAGGCUAUGGUGGGCGUCGGAGCUCCGUUCGUCGCGCUCACGCUCUUUGUCCUGCUGGUAAACCUGAUGCAGGCACGCAGUCCGGCUCAUCUGCCUAAAACACUGCGCAGCUGGGACUUUCUGCCGCAGUGGAUGCACUCGCUGAAGCCGCUAGACAAGCUGAUCUCCAGGAGCACGGCUCUGUGCUGCAGCCCGCUGCGCAUCAAGGACCCGGAGCCCCUGGUGGAGCCCUCAGACCUCCAGAAACCGGCCGAUCAGUGUUUCGAUAACCCUGCGCUAGAGGAGAUUCCAGCAGAACCACGAGUGUUCAGACUCAGAGGACUGGAGAGAUGCAACAGCACACCGCUGUAGAGAUCAACACCAGGGGGCGCACUACAGCAGAGAUUAAAUUCAAUAGGAUCUGGAUGCAGACUUGAUCCAAGCUGAACCUGCAUAUCUCACACUUGCAAUGUCAGACACAAUGCACUCAAUGAAGCUAGUGACGUCAAUGUAAGGGGCGGGGUUAGGGGUGGGGUUAGUUGUACGCUUUAAAAGCAUUGCAUGCAGCUCACCUUGCUAUUGCACCAAGUCUGCAUCCAGACCCCUCUUAUGAAAUCAGCUAUGUUAUUGAGCCUGUAAGGCUCAUUUCUGUAUUUAUUUCAUAAUAUUUUUAAAAAAUACCUGUAACUGUGUUAACUAAAGCAGUAUAACUUUUUAAAAGGUAACCUAAUGCAAUAAAGACAUUAGCAGUGACAUUUAUAACACAGUGGAGUUCAAUGCCGACUUCAAGCAGAAUUUUGAACUUGAUUUGCUCACCGAAGUCUGUGGAUUGUCGUGUGACAGUGUGUACAUUUAGACAAAUUCGGAGUAAUUUACACCAUUUCAUUAAGACAUUUAAUUUUUUGUCUGCUUUUAACAAUAAAACAAACUAAAAAAAGUUACAUUGAAAUGAAUUGACAAUCUCAAAACCCUCCUCAUCAUUGUCUCUCUCCUCUCAGAUGGGAUGGUGGUCAAAAUCAAAGGUUACCAUGGGCUAACUUUGGCCCUAAUUUUGGACAUCUCUGCUAUAGAGAGUAAAUGGUAUAUACUAUAGAGAUGCUAUAUCACUGUAUAGUACUACCAUAACACUGUUAAAUCAUUGAUUUUUCUCUCUCUCUUUGCAUCUCAUACUCCUCAACUGGGUUCUGCCCAGGCCCGGAUUGGCUAAUCAGGAGGACCGGGAAAAUUCCCAGUGGGCC